UUUUCUGACGAAAAAAAAUGGAAUUUGGAUGGACCAGAUGGCUGGAAUUUCUACUGGCAUGAUAUAGCUGAAACUGUGAAAUGGCCAUCUAGAUCACUUGACCACAACCGAAUCGAGAACCUUUGGGGUGACUUAGCAAGAAGAAAUUGGGAGACAUAA